AUGUUACAUGCCCUCAUUGAAGCUGCCAUUGCCAUCAGAGCAGCUCUGCUUAUCCAGCGCUGGUACCGUCAGUAUGUGGCCCGACUAGAAAUGAGACGCAGGUGCACUUGGAAUAUCUUCCAAUCUAUUGAAUAUGCAGGAGAGCAAGACCAGAUCAAGCUUUACAAUUUCUUUGGUUACCUGAUGGACCACUUCAUCCCAGCCAGUAGUGAAAGAAACCUAAUCGCUCACAUCUUUCAUAAGGAUGAAAUCUGUCAUGAUACAGAAUGGGAGACUUACUUUUGCUACAAGAGCAUCCAGCUACCUGACAGCUACACCGGCCCUCACCUCACCUUCCCAAUAACCUUCAGUGGGGUGUCAAAACUGGUGGAGGCCUUCAAGCACAAACAACAGCUCCAUGCUCGAUAUGUUCUGCAGCUUUUUGGAGAGGCUUGGAGACUUUUAAGAAUUCUCCCAAAUAUCAAUCAUGUCUCUGCCUGCCACAACAAGGAAAUCACCAUAUGUGGAGAUUUACACGGACAACUUGAAGAUCUGCUGCUGAUAUUCUAUAAGAAUGGUUUACCAUCCCCUGAGAAACCGUACGUCUUUAAUGGAGAUUUUGUCGAUCGUGGUAAAAGCUCCUUGGAGAUUCUGCUCAUUCUGUUUGGGUUCUUGCUUGUUUAUCCCAACAAUGUCCAUCUAAACAGAGGGAACCAUGAGGACCACAUUGUUAACCUCAGAUAUGGCUUCACUAAAGAAGUCUUAGGCAAAUACCGGGUGCAUGGCAAGAAGAUCCUUAAACUUCUCCAGAAGAUUUUCAGCGCGCUGCCUCUGGCCACAAUAAUUGACCAAAAGGUGCUGAUUGUCCAUGGUGGGAUCUCUCAUAUGACAGACCUUAAAGCUGUAGCCAAGCUGGACAGACACAAAUACGUCUCAGCUCUAAGGCCUCCUAAGCAGAUCAACCAUGGAGUUCAUGGCACAAAGACUGGGGAGGUCAGGCCAACGGAUGGCCGGCGACGAGUUUGUUCUCUGACUUACCAUGGUUCCUCUCCAGCUCAAAAGCAUGACCUUCCACGGCACUCCCUUGACUUUUCAACGACAGGCCGUCAUUUCGACUGUGAACUGGAAGAGGAGCUGAAAAGGAGGCGCAGAUUGGCGGGAUUUGGCCAGUCCUAUGGAGAACUGAAGAAGAGUGAAUCAGGGUCAGAUAUGGAGACUGGUGAAGCAGCAGACACAGAUGAGCAUGAGUGGAAACAAAUAGUGGACAUGUUGUGGAGUGACCCAAUGCCUCAAAGUGGCUGCAUUCCCAAUGAGGUGCGAGGCGGAGGCUGCUACUGGGGACCAGAUGUCACUGAGGAAGUUCUGGGAAGACACGACCUCCACCUGCUCAUCCGCUCACAUGAGUGCAAACAGGAAGGCUAUGAGUUCUGCCACGACGGCAAGGUGCUGACUAUAUUUUCAGCUUCUAAUUACUAUGAGAUGGGCAGCAACAGAGGAGCCUACAUCCGAAUGGGCCCUGAUCUGGUCCCCCACUUCUUCCAGUAUCAGGCCAGCAGGACAAAUAGAGAGCUCACCCUGAGACAAAGUAUCGGGUGGACAGAGAGAUCAGCCCUGCAAGCUCUACGGAAACAACUGUUUGUACAUAAGUCAGUUCUCAUAAGUGCCUACCAGGAAUUUGAUCCAAAAAACACAGGGGUCAUUUCUCUGAGUCACUGGGCCAGUGCCACUGAGGGAGUACUGAAUCUGGGUCUGCCUUGGAGGGUGCUGCGCCCACAGCUUGUCAGCAGCGCCCAGUGUGGCAUGGUGGACUACCAGCAGUGGAUAAGGGAGCUCUCCAUUACUGAACCCAAACUAGAGAUCUGUGAUGACAGCAUCCUGGAGACAAUGUACAAGAACCACUCCAACUUGGAAACUAUAUUCCGGAUAAUAGACACAGAUCACUCAGGUUUGAUCUCUUUUGAGGAGUUCCGUCAGACCUGGAAACUUCUGAGUUCCCACCUCAAGACAGAGAUCAGCGAUGAGGCCAUCGCAGACCUGGCCCAGAGCAUCGACUUCAACAAAGACGGGAGCAUUGAUAUCAACGAGUUCAUGGAGGCUUUUCGACUGGUGGAGCUCUCUGCACAAACAUAAGAGAAAGGACUAAGAUUGAAGAGACAAACAGAAUAUCUGUAUUUAAAUAUACUGGGCAAUCUUGUUGACCCAUGAGCUUCUGUGGAAUUCAAAUGUUUAUUUACCUCCAAUCCAUAUUUUCAGCAAUGUGCAACCAAGACUUUUCUACAACAAUUAGGCAAAAAUGAUUACAGGUCUUACAAAGUCUAACAAGCAAGUUUGUAACGUUUUUUUACUUGUAAUAUUUUACUUUUGAAUUUCAGUUUUAAUUUGUUUCUAAAUGUUUGUUUGAUAGUUCAGUGUAGUUUCUUAUGCUUUGUUCAGUUCAGUUUAAGAAACAAGGCUUGUUUUUGUAAUAUGGAGAACCUUUCAGGUGCUCUCUCUCUUCUCUCUUCAACACUAAACUCAUCAAACCAUG